UUCUAUUACUUUCCUACCGCGAAGUAUGAUUUAUAUUAUGUAGCAUUUUCCAGUGUCGAUAGUCACUGUUGUUCAUGUAUUUUUUAAAAUAGUGUAUAAACCUUAACAGUUAUAAGUUGAAGAAGUAUUAAAAUGGCAAAUGCAGAUUUUAGAAAGGAUGUGACGAUGCCUGUCCGACCAAGAAGUGUCUAUACAGCGCACUCCUACAAUCAGGAGGAGUCCAACUUGUCCGCCUUCCAAGACUACAGCAAGUUUCUUGAGGGUGGUCUCGGGCAAGCUGAGCUGGUGGGCGCUGCAGGUUGGCAGCCACCAUGGCGCGCUCCUCUGCAGCGCAAGGCUCCUUUCUACCCAGGGGAUGAUAUUUAUCAUGCCGAUACUUGGCGGGAGCUUGAGAUGACUGAUGUAGUCGGGGGCGCUGGAUACAAUGCUUCGGUCACGCCUCAUGGCACCGUCUGCCUCCGCCUGAGAGACAGAGUCAAAGUGGAUAUGACCAUCGACGGGGCUGUACGCGUAACCAAUGCUAAGAACAACAUUAUCUUGGCGUUGUCGCGCUCUGGCGCAGCUGCAGCACUGAUCCACCCAAACGGACGUGUCUACCACUACGGAUCCAGAGUUGAGAUCCAGGCCCGCCACCAACAGGGCAAUAACAAGUACGCGAAGAUGUGGUACAAGGGUGUGUCAUUCACUGCGGAACAGUGUGCGCUGGUGUACUUGGUGGACGCAGCUGGCACGCGCACCACCACCGAUACUUUCCUUGACAUGAGUCAGGACUUCACCCUUAAUGUCUUCUACAACGAGUCCCGCCAUGGGCCGUCGUACGUGAAUGAAGCACUGUCGCUGCUGCAGGCCGCGCAGUACUGGCUGACCGAUGAUGGCAUUGACAACUGGAUCAUCAACAACGUACGCGUCAGUCAAACUGCGGAUGGACUCGUCAGGAUUCACCGAUGCAGCCACAAGUACCAGCUGCGCACCAGCCCAAGCAACGGGUCCGCGUCCAUCACGAGUCCGUUCCUGCACUGUACCGCCUCACUAGGCCAAACUCAACAUCUCUUUGUUAGACGUGGUGAGAGGCGGAUGCACUUCGACGGCAAUUCAUUCAUCGUCCGCAACGCCGGUCACUCGGCUGGUUUCGACGACAAGAAUCAACUGAAAGUGUACUGAAGCUGCCUACAAUAACCAUAUUAUCUAGUUAACAACUGCGAACAAUACGACCGUCUGUUGGAACUGGUACUGAUCACCGUCGAAUGUUGUAUAGAACACUAUAUAGACCUCUCCGUAAAUGUCUUUGUAUGUAGUGCCAUUUUAUAAACACUGCCAAUGUUUCCUCUAUUCUCUUUUCACUCUAGAUUUGUACGAAACACGUGGACAAGUCGUGCACAAAGUUGACGGUGUACCUGCUUUUCUUUUUUAUUGAUGCCAGUGUGUAAAGCUUGUGAAAGUUUUUGAGAUUUUUAAUUUCUACUGCCCCCCAUAAUAAUUACUGCCAAGCUGCUGUUUUUUAUUUGUUAAACUUCGACUAGCGCCCGCGGUGUCAUAGUGAUUAAGAUUACAGUUUCAUGAUUUAAGUGUUAGAUCAUCAAAGUGCCAUAAUGUUAUGCCGUAACACAUUGAGCAUUUUGUAAUCCAUUUUUUAUAGUUUUAACCGCUUUACAAUAGCAAUAACGAGCCAAAGCAGUGUUAAUCUUCAACUGUUUAUAUUUUCAUAUACAUCUAUUAAGAUGCAAUAUUUUUUUUAUAAUACAUAUUUUAUCGUAUUUAAGAACUUAUGCGUUGUGUGAGAAACAAAAACAAUCCGAUUUAUAACAAAUAUCAAAUAGGACAUAGAUCAGGUUGUUGAACUAGAUCACAUAAUUUCAACGCAAUGGUUACUAAGUAUCAACGGUUGCGACGGUUGCGACAACGGUGGAUAUGAACACAAUGAACAUAACGUUUCCGCAACUUCAGUAGGUUUUAUUAUUUAUUAUCGCUUUUUGAAGAUAUUAAUAGUUUAAUGAAAGACGUCUAGUCGAGUCUAGAGCUUGGCAGUGUUCUUAAAACAGUUGUUUUGGAACUUACGACUUGUCCCCAUUUGUUUCUUUGUGUAUAAAAGUUCAAGUAAUACGUUAUUAUGAAGUAAUAAAAGCAAU